AUGGUCUCCCCCUGUGCCCACCCCAUGCCAGCCUUGCCAGGCCCCCCGGAGAAGAGCCCCGCGCCCCCCUUCGACACCUUUGAGUACUUCCAGGACAAGGAGGACGACCUGGACAAGCCCUACAACGACCGCUCCUACCUCAGCUCCGAGGGGCUGGCCCGUGACGAUGCCCGCACAGAGUUCGUGGCCUUGCUGACGAGCGGCCCGGAGCCAUGGCACCCCACAUCCAGCGCGGUGGCCAAGGCUCGCUUCACCCUGCUGCGCUCCUACCUGCUCUUCUCCAUCAGCUACGAGCGGCUGGGGCGGCCAAGCCGGGUGCGUUUCAGUGACCCCGAGGGCAACGUGCUGUUUGAACACCCCGUGCAGAAGAGCGCUGCCCCUGAGGAUGGCAUGCUCUGCGGGAUGUGGAGGACGGUGUCCAAAGCCAACAUCCAGCUGCUGCGGGGGGAGCAGCUCCGUGUGUCCCUCGUCACCCGGGCGCAGCCCUCAGGAGAGGUCCAUGGGCACAUCCUCAAGCACCGGGCACUCUUCGCAGAGACGUUCGGUGCCAUCCUGACCUCGUCGGACCCCACGCACCUGGGUGCUGGGGGCAUGGCCAUGCUGACGCUGAGCGACACCGAGAACAACCUGCACUUCAUCCUCAUGGCCCGAGGGCUGCUGGAGCCCAGCGCCAGGGAAUCCCUCUGGGUCCCGCUGCGGGUCCGCAUCCUGCACCAGGGCCAGAUGCUGCGGGAGGUCCGCGCCAACAUCACUGUGGAGGACCCUGACUUCGCGGAGGUGCUGAGCGAGCUGUCUGCCCGCGAGCUGCAGUGGCUGGUGCAGGGGCAGCUCCGCAUCGUGGCCGAGACGGAGGGCCGGCACGCACGCCAGCUGGCGGGCACCAUCACCACCCGCCGCAGCUGUGACACCAUCCAAAGUGUGCUGUGUGGAGCGGACGCCUUGCUGCCAACCAAGACGGGGGCUGUGGGCUCGGCCAAGUUGACACUUCAUGAGAAUGGCACCCUGGAGUACCAGGUGCAGGUGGUGGGCACCGCCAGCGAGGUGGUGGGCAUCACGCUGGAGACCAAACCCCGGCGGAAGAGCAAGAGGAACAUCCUGUUUGACAUGACACCCAGCUACAAGGACGGGCUGGCCUGGGGUACCUGGCAGAGCCCCAGCGCCCGCGAUGCCCACAUGCUGCUGCAGAACGAGCUGUUCCUCAAUGUGGCCACCAAGGACUGGGCAGAGGGCGAGCUGCGGGGCCAGGUCAUCUCCCUGCCCUACAGCGGGCUGCUCGCCCGCUACACAGAGAUGCCCGUGGCCCUGGCAGGGCAGCUGGUGUCCCCCCCGGUG